AUGGGUUAAGCUUGUGGCAAAAAUCAUAUACAUGAGAGGGCUGAAUCAAUCCACUAUGAAAAGAAAAUAAUUAGAAGUGUAAAAGCUGAAAUUCGUUCAAAAUAUUCUAAAACCUAAUCAAUUAAAUAAGUAUGUGGGAGAAAGGAAUAUUUAACUUUGUUAAUGCAACCUGAGCUUUAUCAGGAGCUUCAAACUAAGCUUGCUAGCGAAUAAGAUAUUAGUAAAGAAAGCAUAUAAAUCGUUUUGAAUAUAUUUAUAUAUUGUAAUUUUAAAGGAGAGAAGAUUAAGAAUUGCUUUAAUUUGCUAAAUACUAAUAAUGAUUAUAAAGAAGACUUAAAAUUAAUUGGAAUCUAUCGAGAAUCCUCAUUAAAAUGUCAUAAGAAUGAUUCAUGCCUAUUGUGCUUAUCUGAAAAUAUAGAGUGCUAUAGUUUAAGGUGUUCACAUAAGUUUUGCAAAGAUUGUUGGGAUCAAAUGAUAGAAAUAUAGUUAUCAAACUUUAUACCGAUUGUGAAAUGUUUAGAAUAUCAAUGUUUCGAAAGAUUACCUCAUUUGUAUUUGGAAUAGAAUUCGUCUUACAAAGAAAUAUUGGUUAAGAGGAUGUUGGAUAAUGAUAGAAAUUUUACUUGGUGUCCAGGAUUUUCAUGUUAAAACAUUUAUAAAUUAGAGUAAUUUUCAUAAAAAUAGAAAUGCCAUUGUGGAUUAAAGUUUUGUCCAAGUUGUAAGACCGAAAAUCAUUAUCCUAUAACUUGUCAUAUUUUUAAUGAGAUCACAUAGUUUAAAGAAGCCAACUAAUCUUGGAUAUCAUUAGACAUCUCUGCAUGUCCAAAUUGCAAGAGGUAUAUACAGAAGAUUUAAGGCUGCAUGUAAAUUUCAUGUGUCUGCGGGAAUGACUUCUGUGUGAAAUGCUCAUUACCUUGGAGUCCAGAUCAUGGGUAGGACUUUUAUAAUUGUCCUUUUGCAGCUCAUAAUAAAAACCCUUCUUAAAUAAUGAAUCAAAUGUGCCAAAAUGAGUCUGCUAUAUCAAGGAUCAUUUUUGAAUUAGAGUAUUAUCAGAGGUUACUAAAUUAAUAAAACCACAAUGAUUACACACACAUACUGAGAAGAGGGUUGAAUAAUUUAAUAAAAUUUAAGAAAUUCGAAAAAAUUGUUUUAUAUUAUACUUAUUAUUUAAAUGAAAAAUUUGGUGAUAAUGGAUUCGAUCAUAGUUAUGAAAAAUAUUCUCAAGAAUUAAAAUACUAUUAUAGAAUUCUACUAAAUUAAUUAUCAAGUGUUCUUGAGGAAGUCUAGAAGGCAGAAAAAAAUGAAAUGAUUGAGUUCAACAUUUUUUAAAAUUUGGUAUUUUAGAUGGAUUUGAAUUUGUAUACUUAAAAAUAAUGUCUUAAAAAAUAGAUAAUUGAAAAUCAAUAAGAAAAGCAGUAAAAUAUACACUGA